ACACACACACACACACACGCACACACAGAGUAGCAUGCACAAAGUCAUUCGAGUUGAGAUGCAAGCACACACGUGUGUAGCUUUACGAACAGCGGCGUUCUUGACAUGUUCGUGGCUCAUUAACUCGGGUGUCUUGGUCUAAUGGUGGACUUUGGACCUCAGAGAAGAGAAGAGAAGAGAAGAGAAGAGAAGAGAAGAGAAGAGAAGAGAAGAGAAGAGAAAAGAAGAGAAGAGAAGAGAAGAGAAGAGAAGAGAAGAGAAGAGAAGAGAAGAGAAGAGGACAACUCUUUGGCAAGUAGGAGAAGAAGAAUGGGAUAGAAAAAGCAAAGGGCAAACCAACACUUAGUAGCUGAGGAGAUGGACUGAGGCGAGCCAGAGGGACAGAGAGGGCAAAACAGUGGCCGGACAUGGGCAGAGAGCGACUCACCCGGGGACUGCUGCUGCGUUUGGCCGUCCUGCUCACUGCCGUGUGCGUGUGCAUUCAUGUUUACCUGGAGACGGCUUGGCGGGGAGCACCUGCAGCCCCGGCGCCAGGACGUCCCACCAAGCCCAGUCAGAGCUGGGGCCGGCAGAGCAGGACCAAGCAGGUCUCUGCAGGAGCAGAGGGGCAGGACAGGAGCAUUAAAAGGAGAAUUUCCUAUGUUCGAACGCUAAAGAAGGAUGGCCCAGCUAGGAAGAGGGAUGAGGACAGAGAGGACCCCUCGCCGCCAUGCUGCCCACCUCCCCACCCACGCAGAAAGACCACUCGGUGGCAUAUAGACUUGGAGCCCUGGGCCAGUGACAGUCAUUCUCUGGAGGAUGAAGCUAAAAGAUUCCUCAACUACAUCACAACACCGCAAGUGUCGUGUGCAUCGUUGGCGGGCGUGGAAGCUGCUCACCAGGGGGCCAAGGGUGCCUGGGCUGCGUGUCUGGACCCCGACUACAGCCUGGCCCACAGAAUACAAAGCAAACACUGCAGGGUUUACUCUUUCGGGCUGGGUGUGGAUGAUCGGUCCCUGGAGCAUUUUCUCACAAGUGCGGGAUGUGAGGUCCACUGCUUUGAUCCCAGUCUGAAGCAGCCUCACCUGCAGCAGGACGAAAUGUGGCUCCAUCGGCUGUCUGUCGACUGGCGGGAUCCCAACCCGGCCAUCGUCGCCCAGCGUCAGUACGCCAACACCAAGAAGCUGGCCACCAUCCUUAAUGACUUUGGGCACAGACAGGUGGAUGUACUGAAGGCGGAUAUGGAGAGCGCGGAGUGGAAGAUUCUGGAGAAUUUGAUCCUGGAAGGAGUUCUGGACUCAGUGGGUCAGCUGCUGUUGGAGGUUCACCUGCACUGGGCGGGCUUUGAGGUGGGCGGCGAUGACCCGUCCGUGGUGCGGUACUGGUUCAGCCUGCUCAAGGAGCUCGAACGCGCCAACUUGCGCCUCUUCCAUGUCCACAGCGACCCCGCCAAACCUCACCUCUUCCUGCAUAAGAACGUCCUCAACGCCAGCAGUGCUUACACCCUGAGCUGGGUGAACACAGAGUGGAAGCCUUGAGGGGCGCCGGGCUGUAAUCUCGGCCUGAACGGCCUCUGAAUGAAAAUGCACAAGUUUGUGUAACGUGGAGUUUUAAGCCUCAGCACAAAUUCCUGCUGGAGCACGGCUGUUCCCAACAGCUCUUAUCUGGCCUGACCUUUUUGCAAAGCUACAAUCUCUCCUCCUCCUGCUCUUCCUCCUCUAGCCUGUAAUGACCUCAGCCGUGUAGAAGGGCAGAGUAAUUGCCUCCAGAGGCUCUCUAUGUCCUACCUCAUAGUGGCUGUGUUGCUGACUGCAGGUCAGCCUCUGAGUCACAGUCACCCCUGUCAUCGUGGCUCUAUCUGCGCUUGGCCCACAGCCAAAUAUUAGACAACCUUUCCAGAUUACAACAGGCCUGCACUGGCCCAGAGACCACAGUCAAAGAGAACACGAGUUAAAGGAACUGGAUACGCGGUGUUAAAGGGGGUAGGGUAGAUGAAAGAUCCUGCCUCACUCACAGUUAAGUGGAUAUUUGUGGGAGGCCGUUGGAGCUGCUCACACAGAAAGACAGAGAAAAUGAGCAGAGGAACGUCGGUAAUAAAGGUGCAAAGAUGGGAUCUGCUCCGGAGGCGGAAAAUGAAUGCAGACAAGAUGAACAGACACUUCCCUGCUGUUGAACCCUGAUAUGACUGCGCCUAGAACACAAAACGCCACAAUUACGUGAAGAAUGUCAACAGCAGUGUCUCUAUAUUUCUUCUGUGUGUGUUUGUUGGUUAUUUGAAUGAGGGUGUGUGGGAGAGUGCGUGAGAAAAAAUAAAACACAAAAAGUUUCCUGGGUUAUAAUAGAAAACAACAAUCGAGAUCCACACAAAGAAGCAUUUUUGUAUAACUCACUUCUUUUUCUCCUUCAGUCUGUCUCUGGUGUUCAAUUGGCUCUACUCCAUUAUCUCCGCUGCACCAGAACUUCAUCAACAAACUUAAAAAAACAUAAUCCACAUUCAAAAAUUACCCGAUGAAUGUCAUUUGCCAAAUCUUUUGAUGCGGUUUAAUAAGGAGCGGAAACAAAGGAUUGUCUGCUCCUCGUGAUUUCGUGUCGAAUAAAAACAUUUCUUCCAAGG